UUUUAUUAAAAGCAACUUAAAAUUCAUUUUUAACCCACGUUUUAACAUUUUAGCCCGGGGAGCAAUUCGGGGUUUGGUGUCUUGCUCAAGGACACUUUGACAUGUCACAUGGAGCAGCCAGGGUUUGGACCAACAACCUUGUGGUUCCCGACACACCUUCUCCAAUCCAGGCACCACCGUACGUAGAGUUAGACCCAACACCAAGUGUGACACUGUACAGUUACAUUUCCAACCUAUCAAAUAGUGCAUUUAACUCAAAUCACCGAAUAGUGACUCACUAACAGUAACAGUUGAAUCAGCUUUUUGGAGUGUGAUUUCAACUCUGCACUAAAUUAACUCUAAGGAUUCUGCUGUGUACUUAAAUAAUUCAGACCACUUAAAAUAUUAAAUUGGAGGAACUUGAAAUUGUGUGUUCUUUUAGAUUGAAAAAAUCUAACUGCACUGAACAUUUUAAGUUAAUAAUAAUGUUAAGUUUGACAAACUUAGGAUAGCAAACCUCUUAUCACGAGUUGACACAACACAUUAUCCAUUAGUUGAGUGUCCUCAAAAAGCUUUGCAGCUGGUUGCUUAACUGUUUUCUCACAUUUUUCUUAGAGUGUACUAACUGUGGUAAAUAAAAUCUAAUAACUAAACCAACUGACCCUGCUAACUGUUAUAACUACUACUUAAAGACAUAACAUGUCUCCUUUAAAAUAAAACACUGGUUCAAGUCCAGUGAUUUAUAUUUGUCAUGUUCCAGGUCCAUGUUUAAUUGACAGUCAAUUGGUAAUUCAUGUUUUAUUCUGAAAUCCCUCGACAGGAAAUGGUGCGUCCUGCUUCCGCCAGCUUGCCGUGUCUCCAGCAGCUCGUCGGGUCCGGACUCGUCAACGGACGUGUCUGAUCCGGAUCAUGGCCCGGCUCUUUCACUCACUCAGUCACGGUCUACUUGCGCUGCUCCAUCCUUUGCUCUGAUCCUCCCGCGGACCUCCACCAUGCUGCAGCCGGGAAACCGCUCCUCCGACUGGGCUCAACUCCUUGAGUCGAACCGGUCCGUGGCGGAGGGCGACCGUUCUGGACAGGAGGCGGUGAUCGUGCCCGUGGUGUUCGGGUUGAUCUUCGUUGUGGGGGUGGUGGGAAACUCCCUCGUUAUGGUGGUGAUCGGGAAAGCGAAAUACAGCCUCGGCGGGGAAGGUGGAGGGGGGGGGAGGCGCGCCAGCAGCCCGACCAACAUCUUCAUCCUGAACCUGAGCGUGGCGGACCUCAGCUUCCUCCUCGUCUGCGUGCCGCUCCAGGCCACCAUCUACUCCCUCCCGGAGUGGGUGUUCGGCGCCGUGCUCUGCAAGUUGGGACACUACUUCUUCACCGCCAGCAAGCUGGUGAGCAUCUUCACGCUGGUGGCCAUGUCAGCGGACCGCUACGUCGCCGUGGUGCUCUCCAAGAAGUCCCGGUGCGUCCGGAGCCGCCGGAACGCGCUGGUCGGAGUGUGCGUAAUCUGGAUCUUGUCGCUAGUGUGCGCGGUGCCGGUGGCGCAGCAUCAGGACCUCAUCACUGACCACCCCAGCGCCCCCAACAGCACCUUCUGCUGGGAGCUGUGGUCCGGACCCUCCAGGCGCGCCUACAGGGUGACGGUGCUGCUGAUCGGAUACCUGCUGCCGCUGCUGCUCAUCACCUGCUGCUACUCCAAGGUUUUGUUUUAUCUUCAUAAAAAGAUGAAGAACAUGUCCAGGAAGUCUGAGCGCUCCAAAAGAAAGACGGCUCAGACUGUUCUCCUGGUUGUCACCGCCUUCACCAUCUGCUGGAUGCCCCACCACAUCAUCGUCAUGUGGGUGGAGUUCGGCACCUUUCCCCUGAAUGACGCCACCCUUGCCUUUUGUAUUGUUUCCCACUGCCUUUCUUAUGGAAACUCCUGUGUCAACCCCGUCCUCUACGCCUUCCUGUCUGAGAACUUCCGCAAGGCCUGUCGCCAGGUCUUCACCUGCAGCUUCCUGUACCGGCCCCCAUCCACGGGCACGCUGGUCCGUUUACGCAUGGAGAACUUCUCCACCACACACUCUACCACCCCGAUUUGAAGGGAGGGACGUAAUCAGAUACGUAAAAGAAACAAGCAUAUAUCUUCUUGAUCAAAUUGGACGCUAAUGUAGGAGUUCUUCCAGCAGGAGCUUGGUCACAUGACAACAAAACGGCUUUGAUUGGCUGCUGACCAGUUCAUUAUUGACAGAAUUACUAAAUGAACAGAAAACGUUGAUGAAUGAAAUAAUCAACAAAACAUAAGCCUGGUUUUCAGGCUUUUCUGUGAACAUUUAAAAAAUAGAAAAACCAUUGUUAUUCUCUUUUUAGAAAUGAAAAACAAUGGAAGUUGUGGUAAUGUCAGCAAUUUUUGGCUUGAUAAUAUUCUACGCCCGUAGAAACAAAGGGUUCAGCAUGUAUUUCACUUUACUGUUUUUAAUAUAUUUCAUUUGUUUUUAAAUGUUGGUGUGCGUGUUUGCGAGUGCGUGUUUUUCCCCUAAUGAAAGGGAACCGCUGCAGGUAAUGUUUGUAACAUUCCCCACUUGAGCGACUCUGGUCACACAGGAAAAUGUUCUGGUCCUGUCUUCAAUAAAAUCUUUCUAGUUUGACCCUCCUGCAGUGACAUGUGUAAAUUAUUAUCUGAAACCCUAAUUAUUAUCCCCCUGAUCAAAACAACACAUUUAAACUAAACUUUUGUCACGAGUCGAUAACAAUUUACUUUCAGGAGUGUUUUCGUACAUUCUGUACAUUGAGGGCUCAAAGCUUCAAAGCAGCAAUGCUGAUUUUGUACUUAAAAUUAAGCAUACAGACCAAACAUGAAUAAUUACAAAUAAAUCAACGACAAAUAAAGAGUGUUUGUGGUUAUUCACUUUUGUUUUAAAGUUAUUACCAUCCCUAAAUCUCAACACACGCACGACGAGUAGCUGUGACCGCUGGGCGCUUCACCACGACGUGUGAAAAUAAAUCCCGCAGCCUGCUGAGGAACAACGUGAGAAAUUCAUUCUGGUUUACCGUGCUUAGGUUCUCCAGAUAUAUC